CUGCCUGUGGUGCUCUUACAUUCCAUGGUUGUGCUCCCACCAGUUGCCAAAUUCCCUGCCUUUCCAACCCCCAGCCCAGUCAGUAGCAGGCCUCCCCAAUCUCCUGCCCACCAAGAGGGGGUUGGGUCACCAAAUUGUCCCACCACGCAGAGGCCACUGCUGGUUGAUGGCCACAAAAAUCUUGGUUCUUCACCCUUGGAUGGCAGAAGACCACAUGGACGCAGGGUGAUGAUGAUGACCUUGCGUGCUGAGUGCAGACAUCGCCAGAGGUCAAAGGUCUUCCUGAGAUCGCUGCUGACCCUCCUUCGCUGCUUGCCAAGUCCUGGUUAUGCUUCCGGGGGCUAUUUUCCGCACAAGCCGGAUGAAAUUCCUUCCCACUUUAACCAUCCCUGCGAAAACAUCAGUGCUGGAGGAGCAGACCUGCAUCAGAAAGCUGGUGCAGCAGCAGCCGCUGAAAACCAGCAACAGGAGCUUUCGACCCCGCGCCGCAAACGCCGCUGCUGUUCAUGCUGCUGUUGUCGAACAUUCCUGAGCGUUGUGCAGUUUUCUGCUCUGGGACUUUUUGCUGCUUUUGGAGUGUUUGUGCUGGUUAUUGCCAGUCGCGUGACUGCAAAUGAGAAUCCGUCCACACUAGCCAGGGUUGUAGCCGCAACCAAGGGCUGGAUCGCCAAACAGCUCGGGGAUUAUUGCAAAAUCGAUGCCUGA